AUGGUUUGUGGGGGUGAUUACCUUCAAUUGAGAUGUUGUGCACAUAUUCUUAACUUGGUGGUUAAUGAUGGGUUGAAGGAGUUGAAGAACAGCUUUGAUGCAAUUCGCAAUGCAAUUAAAUAUGUUCGUUCUUCUCCUGCUCGUCUCCAAAAGUUUAAAAGUGUUGCUGAGUUGGAGAAAUUGGACACUACUAGCCUUGUUUGCCUUGAUGUCAAUACUCGGUGGAAUUCAACUUACUUGAUGUUGGAAUCCGCUUUGAAGUUUCAAAAGGCUUUUGAACGCCUAGAAGAUGAAGAUGAAGAUUAUAUGGGGCAAUUCAUUGGAGGCACUAAGCGUGAAGGCCCUCCUAAAGCUAGUGAUUGGAACAAGGCACGUGUCUUUCUCAAAUUUUUGAAGGUAUUCUAUGACAUAACUUUGAUGUUUUCAAGUUCACUAAAUGUUACUUCUAACACUUGUUUCCAUCAAAUUGCUCUUAUUCAUGAGUUGUUGGAAGAGAACAUUGUGAAUGUUGAUCCUUUGCUUAUGGAAAUGUCCCUAAGUAUGAGAAGCAAGUAUGAAAAAUAUUGGGGUCAAACAGAAAAUAUGAAUCCUUUACUCAUUGUAGCAGUGAUUUUGGAUCCUCGGUACAAGCUUGCUUAUGUGAAUCAUAUAUUUGAGCAGCUUUUUCUUGAUCUUGAAGUUUGCAUGGCCAUGAAAAUUAAGAUCAAAGAUGUCUUGUACCGUAUGUUUGAUGAGUAUUCUAAAGGACUAGGGACUAGUACCCCAAGCAAUGCUUCUUCUUCUACACUUCCAGGAUCAUCAACAUGUUCAAUGCUUGAAGGCCAAGGGGGUAUAGAUCCAGGUCGCAGGUGGUUAGCAUCUCAAAAAGAAAAAACCUCAUUAGACCCACAAUCAGAAUUAGAUAAAUAUCUUUCAUCUAAUUCUGCUGAUGAUACCCCUGUUGAUGAUGAUUUUGAUAUAUUAGCAUGGUGGAGAGCCAAUUCUAGCAAAUACAAGGUUCUUUCUAUGAUGGCACGUGAUGUCUUGGCUGUUCCAGUGUCUACAGUGGCCUCUGAAUCAGCCUUCAGCACAGGAGGACGUGUAGUGGACUCUUAUAGGAGUUCAUUAUCACCAAAGAUGACUGAAGCACUUAUAUGUGCUCAAAAUUGGCUGCUUCCUGGACAAUCCAUCUCUGAAUUUGCAUCCAUGCUUCAAGAAUUUGAUAAUUUUCAAGAAACCGAGGGUGUGGUGAAGACUGAUCUUUCCAGUGUUACUGAUGUUGGAGAGGAUGGUUGUGUGAGCAUCAUUUGA